ACACAUCAUAAGCAAGUGCAUUACAUGGGCUUGCAAGGAGAGGUGAAAGGGGUUUAUGCUGUAUGUGUAAAUGAGGCUUAAUUAUAAAAGUUCUGGUAAGGUAUAAAAUCUCAUAUACUGAAAUAUAUUCCCUUCUCUAAAGCAUCAUCACAUUGAUAGGAUGAAAGGCACUAAAAGAAUAAUCUGACUAAAGGAGGAUUCCAACCUGAAAGUAAAGAGAAACUAAUUUCAAUGGUGGCAGAGGUUCAAAACAAGACUUUUCACCCAUGUUAACUCCAGGACAGAUAUUUUUGUGUGUAUGAUACCCUUGAAAUCAGAUGAUAUGUGCUGAGUGGGUAAAGUGUUCUAUUUCUUGAAAAGGGUUACAAAGUUAAAAUGUAACAGCUUGAUUUUGUGUGAAAUGUACCAGAAAAAAAGAUUUGCAUGUGCAGAGUAUUGAAAUAAGAGCGUCUUUGAUUGGCUAUGCGACACACACCCACUCACUCAGCAAUAAAAAUAUAAUUCUUGAAAAUUGUCCCCUUUAGACAUUUGGAAGCUGCAGGAAGCCCCUAAUCGACAGCUCUUAUAAAUUCUUUCUACUUCAUAUUGUUUGUUCCCCAGUCAACACUAUAACACUAUGGCUCUGUUAAUCCAUAUUCUUUCCUGCUUGUUUGGAAUGGGCUCAUGGGUGGCUAUCAAUGGUAUGUGGGUAGAGCUUCCACUGAUUGUUCCCGAAAUCCCUGAAGGCUGGUAUCUCCCUUCCUAUCUUACUGUGCUCAUUCAGGUAGCCAACGUGGGUCCUCUCUGUGUCACCUUGAUGCACCGGUAUCGUCCACAGAUGCUAAAUGAACUGGCAGCCAUUUACACAAUUAUUGGAAUUGGUAUUCUUGCCAGUUUCCUCUUGGCUUUUUUCUGGAAGGAAACUCUUUCUGUUGCUGGCAGUGUGCACAGUGUGGCUCUUCUUGUUCUCACGUUCUUCCUUUCAAUAGUGGACUGCACAUCGUCUGUGACUUUUCUUCCUUUCAUGAUGCGUCUCAAACCUCAGUACCUUACAACAUACUUUGUCGGUGAAGGACUCAGUGGCUUGGUACCAGGAACUGCUGCCAUUAUUCAAGGAGUCGGAAUGGUCCAAUGUGUUAACCAAACAGAAAGAGUCAAUGGAAGUACAGAAAACUCAACAACUAGUCAACUUCAGGCCUGGUACCAGCCAGCUAACUUUUCAACUCAAGUCUUCUUCUUUUUUCUCAGUUUAAUGAUGGUUGUAUGCUUAGUGGCUUUCCUACUUUUGAAUUAUCUCCCCUUAGUCCAGCAAGAGCAUAAAUCUGCCAAAUGCUAUGAAACUGAUAUUACCAAUGCAAGAGAGUUAAAAGCCAGAAACAGCAGGAAACCAGAACACAAACCUAUGAUCAGCCAAGCAGAGGAUGGCAAACCUACAAAACAAACCAGAUUUGGCACUGGAAGAUACAGCUGGUCCCAGGUCCUCUUUAUAUUUGUGGUACUAGCCUGGGCAAACGCAUUGACCAAUGCCGUUCUACCUUCUGUUCAGUCCUAUUCUUGUCUCCCAUAUGGUAAUAAUGCUUACCACCUUUCAGCCAUUUUUGCGGCUCUGGCUAAUCCUCUGGCCUGCUUUAUCUCCAUGUGGAUGCCCAACAGGUCUUUCGUGCUGUUGGGAAUACUGACCCUAGCUGGUACCACAAUUGGCUCCUACAUCAUGGCGAUGGCAGUACUCAGCCCCUGCCCGGUAUUAAUACAUGGAAACACAGGGACCACACUAAUUGUCAUAUCCUGGCUGCUUUUUGUCCUUUUUCUUUCUUACGUGAAAGUAAUGAUUGGUAUAAUUCUCCGAGAUGAGGGCCACAGUGCUCUGGUGUGGUGUGGGGCAGUUGUGCAGUUAGGAUCCAUGCUGGGAGCUUUGACAAUGUUUCCUCUGGUUAGCGUGUACAGAAUAUUUCAAUCUGGAGACCCAUGUAACACACAGUGCCCAAUCUGAAUGACUUUUCUGAACAAUGGAAUGCUGCUGACUUUUUGCUGUCUACACUUUGAACUUAAGGUUUACUGUAAAUAAAAAAUUUGGAAGCACAAUAUGUAUGUAUGUAUGUAUCCAUCAUGAUGAGAACAAAGCUGCCUUCUUAAAAGCUGUUUGCAAAAUUAGAUGUGUUAUAGGUUUUUAUGUAUCACAAAAAACAAUAGUAAGAAUAUUUUUACUUUCAUAAAAUGCUAAAAACUAUUAAUAAAAUUGUAUUGCUUUUCUCAUUGUUGUUAACUUAGCAAAUGUAAAUGUUUUCGGUUGCUGUUUCAUACUUUUACAUGUGAUGCACUGGGUUUGUUCAGUUUCUUAAUUAAACUGUUUUACAAAUACUUGACGUUUCCUCCAUCCAUUCGUUUUUCUGAAUCUUUUCACUUUAGUGCAGGAUUGUGGGUUGCCAAAGCCUAUCUUGGAUGUAUUUAAUCAUUGGACCCAACCCUAGAAGGGAUACUAGUUAAUCAUAGGGUACACUGACACCAAGACAGUUUAUAGCUACCUGUUAAGUUACUCUGGAAA